CGGGUCGCCUCACUCCCCGCCGGCCGCCCUCCGGAUUCUGCUUCGUCCCGCACCUCUCCUCCGGGGCCCCGCCGCCAUGGGUCCCUGGCCCCGCUGGCUGCUCGCCGCCCUCCUGCUGCUCCUCUGCGGCGUCGGCCCCGCGCUCUGCGACACACCUGCCAACUGCACCUACCCUGACCUGCUGGGCACUUGGGUCUUCCAGGUGGGGCGCAGCGGUUCCCAGCGCGACGUCAACUGCUCGGUUAUGGGACCACCAGAAAAAAAAGUAGUCGUGCACCUUGAGAAGUUGGAUACAGCAUAUGAUGACUUCGGCAAUUCCGGCCAUUUCACCAUCAUUUACAACCAAGGCUUUGAGAUUGUGUUGAAUGACUACAAGUGGUUUGCGUUUUUUAAGGAUGUCACUGAUUUUAUCAGUCAGUUGUUCAUGCAACUGGGAACUGUGGGGAUAUAUGAUUUGCCACAUCUGAGGAACAAACUGGUUAUUAAAUAGAGCAUCCAUUGAGGGGCUCGCUUAAAACCACAGCCAAAACAGACUUUGGGGCUAAGAGGCAGAGCAGCAUGCAGCAGUGGACCUACCUCUAACAGCUAGCAGAGGCUUCUGGCAGCUACAGUCCCUUCUGGAGUCUUUCUGUGCAUGUAAAAUGCAGAGGAGUCCUGGUGACCUACCUCCGAGGCAGCUGCCCUCUCGAACAUUUCCUUGGAAAGCAGCAACCGCCAUUUUGGAAUGUGAACAGCCAAAGACUGCGCAGGAAAAAGAAAAACAAAAUUGGAAGUCUUAGGUGGCUUCACCAUUCAGUCUUUGAAUAGAAGAAACAAUAUGCAACACAAGCUUUUUUUCUCUUUUGAAUACUCUUAUAUUGAAGUGAUUUUUCCAUACUGGUUAGGAUUUGAAUUUUGUGUUUUAUUGGUUCACAGUGCAAAUUUUAUUCACAGUUAAAUUAUAUUCCUGAGUGCCUUCUCUGUCUUUAAUUAUCUGGAGGAGCCACAGCACCUAUUAUAAGAAGAAAAUAGGCUUCAGGAUGUCUUGGGAUGCAGAGUAUGUUAUUGUUGGGAAGAUGGUCCUGAAGGGGAGAAAGACUAUCCUCUACUCACUCUGGGUCCUUUCUGGCUGGGCUACAAGUUAAAUUGACAUGAGACUGAAUAGCAGGAGAAAGUCCAACGAAGCUUUAUAACAUGUAUACAUGGGAGAAACCAGGGCAACUGAGUUUGUCAACAAAUGGUGGAGGUUUUCACUUUAAAUAGCAUAUUCAGGUAGACAAAAGAGGAUGUUGAGGGUGGAGGAGUCAGCUAUGGGAGAAUACCAGAAAGCACAAGAGUGUGCAGAUUUAAGUCCUUGCCUUCCGCACUGGUAAGAGUUUCUAGAGAUAAGGUCAUCUCUCCUUCUUCCUGGUACAGAGAGGGAGAUACCUUUACAAAUGGAAAUUUCUCUUAUAAAUGUAAAUGAUUGCUCUUGGCAAGGACCUUCCUAGUCUAUCGAUAAAAUAACCAAGAUAAAAAGACAUAUUUUGAGGUAGCCAAUUCUGAUCUCUCGCAGUCCUAUGGAGGACAUAUUUAAAGGGAGGGAGAAAAAGAGGCUUUCUGAGAUAAGCCAAACUGCUGAAGGGUGUCUUUUUGUAGAUCAUAGGCCAGAAAGAUAAUAUGAUUAAUACAUUUUUUUGUUUGUUUUUUUGAUUAGAUGCUAGCCUUGUGCUAAGAACUUGACAUACUUUACCUUAGAAAAAUCCUGUAAAGUAGAUAUUACUAGCAUCGAAUUGCAGGUGGGGAAAAUAAGUCUCAUACAGUGUUUAAGCUCACACAACCUCUAAUUGUAAAAUGAUAAAGGCUAGUCUUUCAAGCUUAAGGACUUCCCUGGGGCUAAAGAAUGAAAGAAAGCCAUUUCACAAAGAAGUAAUGGUACUUGAAGUCACAUUUGGAUAGAUUUUCUGGUGAUUCCCAGUCUAUAAACAUUACAAUGUUAGUUUAAUGGAAUAGAUUACUUACUGUGUUGGCUCCUGUUGACAUAUUUGGAGAAGAAUUGGCUUGAAGCUUAGGUUUCCGUACCAAAAGAAGCUACUACUCACUUUCUUAAGCUAGGGUCCUUUCAUUUCAGGACAAAAGUUUUCCUUCUUCCUUUUUAGUCCUCAAAAUUGGAGGGAGAGCUUUAUGAACUUAAAAGUAAAUACAAAUUAAAUACCCUUGCCAAGUUGACUUCUCUUAGUUACACUAUUGUUCACACUGAUUGCUAUCUUUUAGUUCUUUCCUGCUAAACAGUGGACUACUUUCCUCCUCAGUUGUUUGGUUACAGCUAAUUAAUAUCAGCCUUGGUAAACCAAAAAUAUGGGGCUACAACUGUUCUCCUGCAUCCCUGCUUGAGGGAUCUUUCUCUAGAUAGCAGGUUACCAUCAUUAUUUUUUUGGUUCAGACAACUUUUUAUACCAUCUGAGAGGCACUGGUCUACUAUUCUGGGAAGGUUAUGUCUUAUAAAGAUGAAGUAACAGUACAGCCAACUACUUCUACGUGGAUACUUCCAUCCUACCUCUGGACCUCAUAAUUCUUCAUCACUCAGGACCUUGAUGCCACCUCUGUGAAAUCCUCCCCAGCUCACCAUUAGUGGGAGAAAGGCCAUUAUUUUGGUUUCCAUUGUACUUUGCAUAUACCUCUGCUGCGCAGUGCUAACUCUGUUGUAAUGGAGUGAUUGAUAGCAUGUCUUCAUCUUCUUUCAAACUGAAAAUCUGUAUAUCUCCUUGUAUAUCCUCAGCACCUAAUGCACAUAGAACUUUAUGGGCGCUUGGAAAUUAACCAUACUUGUGUUUUCUUUUCAAAGACUUUUCACAAGUAAUACCAGUUUACAAAUAAUUCAUUCUGUAGGGUUCUAGAAGCACAAAUCAGGAAUGGUACUAUGUUUAUAUUUUUGGUUCUCUGCUCUAAAAAAUAUCAGGUUACCUGCCUGCAGAGUUCUAAAAGAGUUGUGUAAUUUCAAACUGAUUUUCAGGAUGUAAAUACUCACAAAGCAACCGAUGUAUAUAAGUAUAUAUUUAAUAUGGAAUUUAAAAUCACCUUUACUAACAUUUGUUGGUUUUCUUUUUUUUUUUCUGUUUCUCUGAGUAAUUUUGCGUCUAAAUGUUUGUUUCAAUUAUAGAAGAGAAGCCUUGAUGGGUAAAAAUUGCAGAUAUGUGUGUGAGAAGGCCCUGUAACAUAAUAAUGCUUAGCAUUUCCUGUUGUAAUUGCCUGUCUGUCCUCUGCACUGGUCUUUAAACUCCAUAGGCAGGGACUGACUCUGUAUUACUGACCAUUUUAUUCCUUAUGUAGAGCACAAUACAUGAUAAAUAAUAGUCCUUCAAUAAAUAUUUGUAAAAAAAAUAAUGAAUGAUA